GGCGACAGAGAGCCCCUUUUCUGUAAAAACAACAUCUCACCUUCUUUCUUUAGUCCAAGUGCUGGAGCACGUUUGGGUGACCAUGGAGUGCAUUUGCUGUCAUGUAGUUCAGCGUUAAUACGGCGUGAAUAUCAGAAGAGGGGGGACUUUCGCGUGGAUACGAGGGCGCCACAGUCGAGCCAUGGCUGCACGCGAGGAAGGAGAGGUUUUGCACAGUAAAAUAAGGCACCACGACGGAGCUGGAAGUGUAAACAGCUCAGAGGGCUUCAGGAACGGCUAUGUGAAGAGCUGCGUCACCCCUCUCAAACAGGACCAUCAGAGGGGAUUUUUGUUUAACGUGUGCAGGUUUUGCAACGAAGACAUUCUCAAUUCAAAGUUGCUGAAGGUCUCUGCCCUCUACGUCGGCGCGUUUGUGAUCUUCGCGGUUUCUUUCCUCAUUUCUAGGAGCUUGCAAAGUGACUCGCUGUGGGAUUUGCGGACUUUUUUGUCGGGCUUCUCCCAGUCCAUCAGUCCUUUAUUCAGCAUAGGAUGUGCUUUCUUCUUUCUAACGUUUUACCUGCGGAGGAAAAAGAAGGAGAGCAGCAAAUGUUGGCUCGUGUCACUGCCAGCAUCGUGUUACCUCGGGGAUUUUUUGGUUUUGCGGUUUUUGCAAUGGGGAGAGGACCAGCACCAGAUGCAAAUGGUGGGCAGGUUGUUAUUCGUGCUGGGAUGUGUGGGUCUGCUCACCCUGAUCCCCACUCUCAAACUCAAACACAGUGUUCUCAUACUGGUUUUCGCCAGCGUUGUGUGGCUGGUGUCUUUCACAAGUUUGAGCGGUGUGCCUGCUCUGCUCAGACCGCUCCUCGCCUGCCUCGCCGGGGUGUCGGGCUCCCUGUUGGGGCUCUGCUUUGACCGUUACUACCCGUCGAGGGAAGCGCCGAGUGGGAUUUCCACCGCGGAGGAAAAGGUCCCCGUGAUCAGACCUAGGAGACGGUCCAGUUGUGUUUCACUGGGGGAGACGUCAACCAGCUAUUAUGGCAGUUGUAAAAUGCCUCGCAGACCGUCGUUACCCUGUAUAUCCAGAGAGCAGAUGAUUCUGUGGGACUGGGAUCUGAAACACUGGUACAAACCACAGUAUCAGGGCGCUGUGAGCGGCAACGGCGUGGAUCUUUCAGUCAUCAACGAGGCCAGGAACCUGGUGUCAGACCUGCUGAUGGACUCGUCUCUGUCGCCACACACCAUCUCAGCCCUGCGCAGCAUCUCGAGCCUGAUGGGGACAUUUUCAGGCUCGUGCCGCCCCAGGGUUAACCCCUUCACCCCCUUCCCAGGUUUCUACCCCUGCGACGAGGUGGAGGACUCUGUAGAGAGGAGCGACAGGAAAAGCAUUAAGGGUCUGAGCAGCAGAAACAGCCUCCCCACACCUCAGCCCAGGCGGAGCUCCGCCUCCUCCUCGUGCUCUACACUCCCUCCUCUCGACGCUGCCUCUUUACGCUGGGAGCGCAACAACGGCAAGAGACCUCACCCUGACCUCAACUUGACCAGCUCAGGUCUGUCUAAUGGGCCCAAUCCAAACCUGCUCACGAUUCCCAAGCAGAGGUCUUCCUCUGUCACCCUCACCUACCAUGCAGGGCCCAGGAGAACCGGCGCAUCUCCGAGCCUCAGCCCAGUCACCUCACCAAGCCACAGUCCUCUGCCAAUAGGUAUGGGUUCUUCAUCGUCCCUCGUCACUCGAUCACCUGUGGAGUUCCCAGACACGGCUGACUUCCUGACAAAGCCGAGUGUCAGUCUGAACCUGCACAAGCCCUUGGGCUACACCCUCAGCUCGCCAGAUUUCCAGCAGGCCUUCCGUAGCUCCACCUUGCCUCUCUGCACCAGCUGUGGUCGUCAGAUGCUCAAGGGAGGUUCCAGCGGUGACACAGGGGACUCCUAUCAGCCAUUUACAAGUGAGGCUCAACGUGGCCGAUCAGCAGGUGAAGCGCUGGAGUUCACAGGAGAGCCUCUGAUCAGGGAGGAGAGCGUGGAGGUGGACGUGUCUGGGGACGGGAGGCCAGACGUUGCAGGGAACCAGGUGCAGGCGGAGGAGGAGAAGGAGAAGAAGUCGAGCACAGACCAGCAGACUCAGGAAUCAGAGGGUGAGCAGGAGUUCAGAAUAGAUCCUAUGCUGGAGGACCAUGAGGCUCUCAUGGAGAGGAUGAACACCUGGAACUUCCAGAUCUUUGACCUGGUGGACAAAACAGGAGGGAAGAACGGGAGGAUACUCAGCUAUGUGACAUACACCCUUUUCCAGGAUACGUGUCUGUUUGAAAUUUUCAAGAUCCCUGUGAGGGAGUUCAUGUCAUACUUCUGUGCUCUGGAAAGUGGCUACAGGGACAUUCCCUAUCAUAACAGGGUCCAUGCUACUGAUGUGCUCCACGCUGUCUGGUACCUGACCACUCGACCAAUCCCUGGGUUCCAGCAGAUUCACAGCGAGCAUGUGACAGGAAGUGACACAGAUUCCGACAGCGGGAUCUCUCCAGGCAGGAUAGCCUACGCCUCCUCCAAAAGCUCCUCCAUUUCAGAUGACAGCUAUGGCUGCUUGGCCUGGAACAUACCUGCCCUGGAGCUCAUGGCCCUUUAUGUAGCAGCUGCAAUGCACGAUUAUGACCAUCCCGGUCGCACAAAUGCCUUUCUAGUAGCCACUAAUGCAGCUCAGGCGGUGCUGUACAAUGACAGGUCGGUGCUGGAGAACCACCACGCUGCGUCCGCCUGGAGCCUCUACCUGUCCAGGCCCGAGUUCAACUUCCUGGUCAACCUGGAUCACGUGGAGUUCAAGCGUUUUCGCUUCCUCGUCAUCGAGGCUAUACUGGCCACAGACCUCAAGAAGCACUUUGACUUCCUGGCUGAGUUCAAUUCCAAGGUGAAUGAUGUGAACAGUCCAGGAAUUGAUUGGACCAAUGAGAAUGACAGACUGCUGGUGUGCCAAGUGUGUAUCAAGCUGGCAGACAUCAACGGGCCGGCCAAAGUCCGUGACCUGCACCUCAAGUGGACAGAAGGCAUCGUCAAUGAGUUUUAUGAGCAGGGUGAUGAGGAGGCGAGCUUGGGAUUACCCAUUAGCCCCUUCAUGGACCGCUCCUCUCCGCAGCUGGCAAAGCUUCAGGAGUCCUUCAUCACCCAUAUUGUAGGACCACUUUGUAACUCCUAUGACGCUGCUGGCCUACUUCCUGGCUACUGGAUUAAUGAAGAGGGAUCAGAUGAAGACGAAGACGAGGGCCAGGUCGACACAGACACAGAUGAAGAUGAGGAUGAUGAGCUAGAAGAUGAGCUGGCACCAAAAAGGAGGAAGAGCCGCCGCAGGUUGUUCUGCAGCAUCAUGCAGCACCUGACGGAGAACCACAAGGUGUGGAAGAAGACCAUCGAGGAGGAGGACAAGAGCAAAGAGCUCGGCAUGCAGCAGCAGCCCGACGGCCUCCUCCCCAGCCUGCCAGCCAGCCUGCCCACCUCCCCGUCGGACGACAUCCAGGUCAUCCAGGAGGAGGAGGAGGGGGAGGAGCGUCAGUAGCAGGAGGACGAAGGAAAGAGCAGAGAUGCGUGUAAAAGAAGAGGAGAGGCAGUGCGAGGACGCGAGUCCCUCAACCAACUGCCUUUCACCAACACAAACAGACAUGAGAAACACAGACAAAUGCACAUAAUACACACUUUGCUCCCUCUCUCUCUGACACACACACACACACACACACAUUGAAAGAUUCACUGUGCAGACACUCAGAUGCUUAAGCAGUCAAAUUGUUUUUGGAGAAACAAAAAGGCCUUACUACUGUGAGCGGAUCCUUGCUGCAACGGUGGGAGCCCAACUCCUAUGCACUUUCACCCCAUGGAGAGUCGAGUGCACCCAGACUUGGUUAAAAAAAAUACGGUGCAACAGAAGAAGAAGAAGAGUGCGGACUGGGGGUCCAGCAUUAACUUGCCCUCCAUGGUGACCCGGCUGUGAUGCUGCCUUGAAUGCAAAAGCGCUUACACCUCCCUUAGGUACAAAACAAUUCCUGUCUAUUUAAAAAAAAAAAAAAAAAAAAAAAAAAAGUUAAGGUAGAGGAAAAAUAAUGAAGCAAGCGACAUCAUGAAGCGAUCGAUACCCUUUACCAAAGUGAACAGUUCAAACACGGAAAAGACAAGAGACUGAGACUGUUUCAGCCUCAAUGUCAGGUAUAUUUUUGAAUUAUAUAUAUACAUAUAUAUAUCAAAUGUGCCUGUCUGAACCUUUACUGAGUCCAUACUGGCCCAGAGCCUCGGCUUGUGUAGUUCUCUCUCCUUGCUGGCGACACGAAACACUGUAUCAGACUCAGUCACAGAGACAUUAUAUUGAGAUGUUGACUGAUUAAUAGCAUUAUAUCUGCAUCAUGUUUGAUGCUUUUACUCAUGUGCACCACCCGUCUUUUUUUUUUUUCUUUUUUUUUUUGGAUUCUUUAACUCUCCUUGCUUCAUUUUGUCUGAGUGUGUGAAUAUUUUUGGCGGGAAUGUGAUAAGAGAGAAUGAGUAGGGAGAAAGAGAGCACAUUUUUAAUUAUUUUAGUAUGUUAUUUGUGUGUAUGUUUGUGUGUCCUUUCAGCAGUGGCUGGUUUCUAAUCAGUGAAAUGUCCUCUGGUGUUUUAACGUUGAGAUCAGGAGUGUUGUUUCGAUGAAUGGAUUCUUCAUUUUCCUUUUAGCAAGUAUUUUCUUUUUUAAAGGUUACUCAGGAUUCACGCAAAGUUGAAUAAUUAUUUUGCAAGAAUUUAUGUCAUUGAUAUGAAACAUACAAAUCUGGGUGACUGAAGCAGUUUGUAAUCUCUUUAAUGAACAACUUGACUACAAACAAAUUCAAGCAAUUGAAAUCCUCUGCGUCGGAGGAGCAUACAGUAUAUGCUGUCUCUCUGCGAUUCAUACACUGUUUGCAUAACCUUUUUACGACCUCACUGGAGAAAAAGCUUAUCUUGAUUGUCAGCAGACUGCAAACGACACAGUUUUGCAGCUCUGCAACAGUACAUUAGGUAAUAUCUUUUUUAAAAUUCAAUGUUCAAUCUUUGUUUUUAAACAAACAGUACAACGUCUACUCAUCUGUGUUUCAGUCAGCAGGCAAACACUGAUGUUUAGACACAUUUAAAGCUCACCCAACUCUCUUUUUCCUCAGUUUUUUGUUUUGUUUUUGCCAAACCCAUAACUCGGCCAGUGUGUAAAGAAGGGAUCCAGGGUUCAUUUCACUUUGGUUUUGUUCAUGACGUGCCACGAGGCAGGUUAAAAAAAACUACUAGUUUUCUAUUUUUGUCUCUAAGAACUCUUGGCAUUCCACUAGAAUAAGACGUUUUAUGAAAGGGAAGGCACAGUUGUUGCCUGUAGCUCCUUUAUCACCUUAUUAAAUCAUAAUCUCUGGAGAAAAUGUUAAGUAAGCAGUGUAAAUCAAGAUAGUAAUAUUUAAAGACAAAAAAAAAUAGAUAAAAGUGUGCACAUUUUAAUACCAAACAAGUGUUUAGCCGCUGUACAAAAGAGUAUGUGCAUAUAAAUAUAUAUUUUUUAAAUAAUCAAAUGAAUGCAUCUGUUUUCUACACGCAGCUGACAUAUUGUACAUUGAGAUCCUGUAAUAACCAUUGUGUUUCCAGAGUUUUUAUCUACUUCUAUUUACAGAUGUGGAACUGUGGGGUUUGGUGUUUUUGAUUUUUUUUUUUUUUUUUUUGUUGUCACUUGGUUUCAGCCUCUCCCUGUUCUGUAUCAUAACCACUCUUGUAUUCUUCACGAUCUCUCUCUCUGUCGACCCAACUAGUGCCAAACUUUACCUACAUACAGUAGUUUUGUGGGCUGUGAUUCGCUGAUCGGCACAAUCUCUCUGGGCUCCAGUACUGUUCAUGCAAGAGAAACACCUCGAGUCAAAUGUUCCACGCGGGCUCAAAGUGGCAGUGACGGUGGCAGGAGUCAGAGUCGGACUCAGGUCAGAGCCAUACACAUUCUGACAACUCUGUCGUCUGGUUUUUGUUUUGUUUUUUCGUUCACAUGGACCCGUGCUGGAUCAUAAAGCCUCGGUAGCUCCUGACCCGACAUGUUCCGGCUCAUUAAGUUGUAAAAGUUUGUUGGCUUCUCACUGUGCAGUCUUUCAAACCACAGUGUCCUCUGAUGAUUGUGCCAUAAAUACAUCUAUGAAUGGUUGUUACCCUUAUGUAGCAUCAAUAUAUGUAUGUUUGUCUAAUGUAACCAUUCACCCUUAUCUACAUUCUGGGGGCAACUGAUUUUUGUUGUUAUUUAUAGCUGUCAUAAAACACCAUCCCUAAAGUA